AUGGCGUCUGUCACAUGUUUGGUCCAACAUGGGGAAACACAGCUGCAAAUGGGGCAGCAGAAAGAGAAACGUACAAAAGCAAUGGCUAUCCUCUCUUUGUUUGGAGAGGCUGAAAGUUUUAAAGGAUUUGUCACAGACCAGAAAGCAAAACUGGAAAGCAUUAAGAAGUCAAAUAAGCCUGACAACAACCAAAAACUAUUUGUUUUGAAAGACAACCAUCAGCUUAAUGCAAUACUUCUGGACCCUAAACUUUCUUUGAGACUUCAGCUUCCAGGAGGUGCCAUCAUCCAAAACUGGCAGCCUCUGAAACUGAUGGAAAGCAACCUGGAAAUUAUGAAAAAGCAAAACUUAACUUGGAUGUUUGAUUGGUUUGAAGAUAAACCAAUGUUUAUGAGCUUUCACACACCACCCUAUCCUGUUCCAUUACAAGGAGGUUCCUUGAUACUGAACAUAGACAUGUUUGGGACUGAUGUGUCCAUAGCAAGGAACGCACUAAUAGCACAUUUAGAGCAGGUAUUGGAGGAAAUUCAUGGUAAUGUUGUGAUUCAUAUUUAUAUGCCUCAAACAUUUUGGGAAUCCAUGAGACAGUUUUGUGAUGGACAUGAAGGAGUAAAACAAUAUAUGUAUUAUGGGGAGCAAUGGCUUCUGGAGAAAGAUAUGUCAUAAAUAUUAGAAACAGUCAGACAGGAAAGGUUCCAGUCUUAUAAAGGGUAAUAGCAUUCAGAACAGACAGCACUCAGUAGCUAUGUUUCUUCUUCUUCUUCUUUUGGCUCUUCCCAUUAGUGGUCGGCACAGCAGAUUAUCUGUUUCCAGGUUUGGGUUAAACUUGGGGUUAGGGUUAGGAUUAGAUAAUGUUUAUGGUUGUGGUUAGAGUUAUUGUUCAGGUUUAGGUUAGAGUUAAGGUUUUGGUAAAGGUGAGUUUUGAGAUUAAGUUUAAAUUUUAGGUUUGAGUUGGUAUUAGAGUUGGAGCCUCUGGAGCACAAAGGGUUAAGGGCCCAAAAAUGUGAGCCCAAGAGGCACAAGAGAAAUCUUGAAUCUUAAAACCCAGUCCUUCAGAUCAGUAACCCAGAGACUUAACCAAUGAAAUACCACUUCCCUACAGUUAGGGUUGGGAUUAAGGUUAGGUUACAGUUGAGAUUAGGGUUAAGUUUCAGGUGAGGUUUGGGAUUAAGGAUAAGGUUUAGGUCAGGGUUGACACUGAGGUUACAUUUUAGUUUAGGGUUGGGAUUAGGGUUAGGUUUAAGGUUUAUGUUAGCAAUAAAUUAGGCUAGGGUUGUGGUUAAGGUAGACUUAAAUUUAGGGUGCCACAUUCUUUUAUCCUACAGUGUCCACUAUAUUACAAGGACAAGCCGUUGUAUGAGUACAAUCUUUAUGAAUGAUUAAUGACUAUUUCAAAGAAAGAAAUUUUGAAGAUGACAGUCAAGUGAAAAAAAUUCUAAAAUGUUUAUACAAUAGGUAGCAGGUGUUUCAUUCAGGCACAUAUUGCAUGAAUGAAAAUUAUUUCAUAUUACACCAUCACUUUCAGGUUUAAAAAAUGAAAUUUGACCUUCAAAAUAAGGCAAUCAAACAACAGCACCCCCUGUCAUUCUUAAUCGAAGGAAUAGACACAGCAUCUGUAUCUGCAGCUUUUUCUCCAUUGUUAGUUUAUACUUUGGUUUGAAUUGCUGUGAAUAAAAUGUGCAUCUUUGUACAAACAGCUGCAGUUCCACUUUUGCAUCAGUAGCUGGAAUAUCUUGCAAGCCUAAUUGAGUUUAACACUGUGAAGCACAUUACAUCAAAUUAAAUCUUACAAGCAAAUCUUGCUUAUUUACCUGAGCAUGCACUUGCUCUACUUUUUCUUUUACUGAGUGUUAAGUGCGUUGUGACUCAUUCACAUAAUAACAGUUGAGUGCAGUCACCAUGGCAAAAGGAAGCAGGACAUUAAUGCAUUGUACAUUUGCUUGUCACUGACUUGUAAAACAAUACAGUCACAUUGUUCACAUGUAGAAUUCACUAGGGACGAGUUAGACAAACAAAAAUUGUGAUCUUUCUCUUAUUUGCUUCCUGUCCUUGGUACAUACUGACAUAUAAUCAUAUGGUGCAUCUCAAAGAUGUAAAGAGGAAGAAAAGAGAAUGAGAAGAAGGCAUCAUAGCUGCUGGCACAGAUGAUCAUUAUACUUAUGAUGAUGUUGAUAAUGUUAAUAAACCACUUUCUCUGUCAUUUCUUCACUUUUGUUAUAAAUUACAACCUAUUUUACUAUUUAGUGCACUUAUCGUGAAGUACUAGCAUCUCAUACAUGUCUAAAACAUCUUUACAUUAAACCUCAAACCUCAAAAAGAAUUUGGGAAACUAUAUGUUUAUGUAUUUGUGUGAUGAAUUUGUUAUCAUGAAGUACUAGCAUAUCAUACAGGUCUAAAACAACUUUACAUUGAACCUUAAACCUCAAAAAGAAUUUGGCAAACUAUUUAUGUAUGUUUAUGUAUUUGUGCAAAAGAAAGAAAGCCAUUUAUUAAGAUUUACUGGCUUUAGUUGGCCUAAUAAGCACUCUGGCAUUGCAGUAAAUAACCUCAGAUCAUGCAUUAAUUUUAAAACAAAGGUUUUAUAUUUAGUAAAAGGAGAUUUUAUAAAG